CCAUCUCACAAGCUCUCUUCUCCUUCUCUCUCUCUCUCUAGCUUGAUCUUAAAAACCCCAUUAAUUUCUCUCUCUAAAACCCUCAAAAAUGGCUUCUUCCUCUUCUUGUUUGAUACUAUCACUCUUCUUAGUGGUCUCUUUCUUCCAAGUUUCACUUGCUUCUUCUAGGUUGUUCCAAGUCUCCUUGGCAACAAGGAAGCUCAGUCAGCUUGUUCAAGACCAGACCCAGCUCUUGAAAUACCACAACGGUCCUCUUCUCAACGGCAAAAUCGCCAUCAAUCUCAUCUGGUACGGCAACUUCAAGCCGGCACAGAAAGCCAUUGUUUCCGAUUUCAUCACCUCCUUAUCUUCAUCUUCCUCGCCGGCCCAGGCCAAACAGCCCUCCGUCGCUACCUGGUGGAAAACCACCGAGAAGUACUACCACCUCACCUCCAAGAAGUCCUCUCUUUCCAUUGCUCUUGGGAACCAGAUUUCCAAUGAGAAAUAUUCUCUUGGAAAGUCUCUGACCAACAAACAGAUCAUUAAGUUGGCUUCAAUGGGUGACCAGAAGAACGCAAUCAAUGUCGUCUUGACUUCAGCCGAUGUCGUCGUCGAUGGGUUCUGUAUGAACCGGUGCGGUACCCAUGGCUCUGCUUCCGGCUCAUCUCACAUCCGAGGCAAGAACUACAAGUUCGCUUACAUUUGGGUCGGAAACUCCGAGACUCAAUGCCCUGGUCUCUGUGCCUGGCCGUUCCACCAGCCCAUCUACGGCCCACAGAGCCCACCCCUCGUCGCUCCCAACAACGACGUUGGCCUUGACGGCAUGGUGAUCAACUUGGCGAGCCUCUUGGCCGGAACAGCAACCAACCCUUUUGGAAAUGGUUACUUCCAGGGUCCCGCUGAGGCUCCAUUGGAGGCUGCUUCAGCUUGUCCCGGGGUUUAUGCCAAAGGGGCUUAUCCGGGUUACGCCGGAGACCUUUUGGUGGAUGCUACAACUGGCGCAAGCUACAAUGCCAAUGGUGCUAAUGGAAGGAAGUACUUGGUUCCUGCUCUGUUUGAUCCAUCUACCUCAAGCUGUUCCACUUUGGUCUAGGAUGGAUUAGUACUGGUGAAAAUUAGGAGUAGAUAAUAAUCAUAUUCAUUGAUUUGUUUUAGUUCUUUGGGUUAUGCGGAUAUAAUAAUAUAAGCUACUGCAAAUCGUUUUGAUUUGCAUCAGAAAA